CUCAAGCACAUACCCUGAAAAAUCGAAAUCAUGUCGUCGCAAAUGGGCAAAGAUGGCACCUUCCAGCCCCCGCAGGCAAAGCAGGCUCAGAGCAAGCCGGGUCUGGAGAAGGAGAUGGCGCCCUCCAGCGAGUCCACCAAACUGGAAGGCAGCGAGGGCUUCGUCGAAUACACCGGCUCCAACAAGCUCAAGGACAAGAAGGUCCUGAUCACGGGCGGAGACUCCGGAAUUGGCCGGUCGGUUGCUGCGUUGAUGGCCCGCGAAGGGGCCGACAUCACCAUCGUAUACCUGCCCGAGGAACAGGAAGAUGCAGAACACACGAAGAAACUGGUCGAGAAGGAAGGGCGCAGUUGUCUCCUGGUCCCGGGCGAUUUGCGGAAGAACGAAACCUGCAAGAAGGCCGUGGAGGAACAUGUGAACAAGUUCAAGCACAUCAACGUUCUCGUGAACAACGCAUCGAAGCAGUACAUGUGCAAGGACCUGGCUGAGAUUGAUCUCGACAAAGUUGAGGACACCUUCCGCACCAAUAUCUUGCAGAUGAUUGCCAUCACCAAAUAUGCACUCCCGCACAUGUCCAAGGGAGAUUCGAUUAUCAACAACACAUCCGUCACCACCUUCCGCGGCUCCGGCACGAUGGUCGAUUACGCAUCAACCAAGGGAGCGAUCGUGGGCUUUACCCGGUCGCUGGCCUUGCAACUCAUGCCCAAGGGCAUUCGGGUCAACGCGGUCGCACCCGGUUCCGUAUACACACCUAUUCAGGUUGACACAAGAGAUGCCGAGUCCAUGGAGGGUUGGGCGUCCGGUAAGCCGCUAGGCCGUCCGGGACAGCCUUCCGAGGUGGCGACGAGCUUUGUAUUCUUGGCUAGCAAGGAUGCGUCUUUCUAUUCGGGACAAGUUCUGCAUUGCUACCCUCUGGGAGAGUAGCGGCGGACAUGACUGGAUGAAUUGAGAUGUAUGUUUCGAUGAAAUGAGAAUAACUAGCAUGAAAUAAUGAUGUCACACAUGAGGUAGC